GUGUGACAAUGUGAGCUUACAGUUCAGGGAAGUUGAGUGGAAGUUGUUAUUUUCUGGUAUUGGUUACAUAACUGCACCUGUGGGUAGACGUCUGAGCUCCAUCAGGCUGCGAGGGCCUUUGGAUCGGAGCCCAGAGCCAAUGAGGGCAGUGGUGAUAACGUGACGGGAGGUUCUUCCUCUCCUCUCGUUGGCUCCCAUGUCUCUAAUUAUCGGAUUAUUCCGACGCAGCGCUGCCCGAGGCUGCGUUGCAGAUCCACACUUUAUUGCGACGAGUCGGGAGUCGGCGUGCAAGCUUAGCAGAUCCUCCAGAGAGAGCAACGUCUCCACUGCAGGAGGGUUUCUCGUUCAUCACAGUCUGAAUCCACCUGCUCUCUCCCCACGAGGGGGUCCCGCCUGGCAAGAAAUCAAUGAGUCUGAUUUAAGUUCAGGUUUGAUUUUGAAAUCCCGUCGCUGCUGCAGGAGAAGAGAUGCUGACUCAGCUGGUUUUGGGAUGGACUGCCUUGCUCAGCGGCCUGCAGCAACCGGCUGUUGACUCGAGAUUUCUAUCCAGCAGACGCAGGUGGUCCUUCCCUAAAUGCGAAGUCUUCUUCCUUCCUCCACCUCCUCCGCCUGUGUUUCCUACAGUCAGACGGAAAGCAGAGCUAAUGGUCGACGUGACAGAACACGUCACAGGAGCCAAGGGGGAAGAGGGCUCCAAAGGACCCAGAGGAGCCAAGGGUAAGCCCGGUGUCACCGGUCCGGAGGCAGAACCUGGAACACAAGGACCCAUGGGAGAGCCGGGUCAAAAGGUCACAGAAAUUCUAUCAAACCGCCACUGAAACGACAACAUGGGGGACAAGAAAUGAGUUGUUGAUGGGGACGUUUGUUGAUGCAUCCAUUAAGGAAACAAACCAAUACACAAAACAAAUGGGGACAAGGGGGGCCGAGGCUGGAGGGGCCUUUCUGGAGACGUAGGACCUCCCGGGAUGGUAAAGGUACGCUGUGGCUUUGUGACUUAACUGUUUUAGUUUUUUUAGCUGUUCUCUUUGUAACGUUGUGGUUUGAUGGCGUGUCUUCACAGGGCAGCAGGGGACACAAAGGAUCCCGAGGGGAUCAAGGCGUGAGAGGACGCAGAGGACCCGCAGGAGAGAAGGGCGAGCGGGGCGGGGACGCGGCGCCAGGAGACGAGGGCGAUCCGGGCCGCUGGGGGGAUGCAGGGCGGAGGGGCGAACAAGGACCAGGAGGAGAGCCUGGAGGCAGGGGAACCCCGGGGUUGAAGGGAUCCGGUGGACCUGCAGGAAGGCCGGGGCACCCCGGUCCCGCGGGCCUGUCGGGUCUGACUGGAGAGCCUGGACUACCUGGACAAGCCUUCGUCCAACCGGGCCUGCAGGGACACGCGGGACGCCGAGGUCCUUCAGCCCAAUGCAACUGCCCACUGGUCAGAGCCCCAAAGCGAGUCCACACGAUCUUCAUCGCCGACGGGGAGCGGCCGAUGAGGAGGCUGCGGGUGGAGAACGUGAUGGUGCUGCGGACCGACAGGGGGGCGCUCUACAUCUACACCGACUCCCAGUGGAUCAGCGUGCUGGAGGGACCCGGACAAUGACCCCCGACCCCCCCC